AUGAGCACGGGUGAUUUUUUGAGCAAAGGAAUAGAGCUGGUCCAAAAGGCCAUUGAUUUGGACACGGCAACGCAGUAUGAGGAGGCUUACACGGCUUAUUAUAACGGAUUGGACUAUUUGAUGUUGGCUUUGAAGUACGAAAAGAACCCCAAGUCGAAGGACUUAAUAAGAGCCAAGUUCACAGAGUAUUUGAAUCGCGCAGAGCAAUUGAAGAAACACUUGGAAAAUGAAGAAGUAAGUGCUGCAAAGAAGUCCCCCAGUGCUGGUAGUGGAUCCACCAGUGGUAAUAAGAAAAUCUCCCAGGAGGAAGGUGAGGAGAAUGGCAGUGAAGACAACAAAAAGCUCAGGGGUGCUUUAUCGAGUGCCAUCCUAUCCGAAAAACCCAAUGUUAAAUGGGAAGAUGUGGCUGGGCUUGAAGGUGCCAAAGAGGCCCUUAAGGAAGCCGUUAUUUUGCCUGUGAAGUUCCCACAUUUGUUUAAAGGUAAUCGUAAACCUACUUCAGGGAUCCUAUUAUACGGACCACCCGGUACAGGUAAGUCUUACUUGGCGAAAGCCGUGGCUACCGAGGCCAAUUCUACGUUUUUCAGUGUUAGUUCCAGUGACUUAGUCUCUAAAUGGAUGGGUGAGUCUGAAAAACUGGUGAAGCAGUUGUUUGCCAUGGCAAGAGAAAACAAACCCUCCAUUAUUUUCAUUGAUGAAGUGGAUGCGCUAACAGGCACCAGAGGGGAAGGGGAAAGCGAAGCUAGUAGGAGAAUCAAAACAGAAUUAUUAGUACAAAUGAAUGGUGUCGGCAAUGACUCCCAAGGGGUAUUAGUCCUUGGUGCAACGAAUAUACCAUGGCAACUGGACAGUGCCAUCAGAAGAAGGUUCGAAAGAAGAAUAUACAUUCCAUUACCAGAUUUGGCAGCAAGAACCACGAUGUUCGAGAUUAACGUCGGCGACACCCCAUGUGUACUGACCAAAGAAGAUUAUAGAACUUUGGGUACCAUGACUGAGGGUUACUCGGGCAGCGAUAUUGCUGUCGUAGUAAAAGAUGCGCUAAUGCAACCAAUUAGAAAGAUUCAAAGCGCCACUCAUUUCAAGGAUGUCUCCACGGAGGAGGACGACACGAGGAAGCUCACGCCGUGCUCCCCAGGUGAUGAUGGUGCCGUGGAAGUGAGUUGGACGGAUAUCGAAGCUGACGAACUAAAAGAACCAGAUCUUACCAUAAAGGAUUUCUUGAAGGCCAUCAAAUCAACCAGACCUACCGUGAACGAGGACGACCUGCUAAAGCAAGAACAGUUCACAAGAGAUUUUGGUCAAGAGGGCAACUGA